AUGGCGCCUGUUGAACCGGCACGUGCUGCGGCUGUUGCGGUUGUAGCCACAGUUGGCGUGGUUUUGGCAGCACUGGCAGUUACAAAAUUUAAAUCGAAGUCGAAAAAGAAAACGAAAGGACAUUCUGGGGAAAGCUCGGUCAAAGAAGACAAAUCUUCAGAAAAUACCUACACUUACAGCAAAGAUGGAAAACCUGAAAUUAUAUGUGAAGAGACAGCUGUGAAGUCACUGGUUGCAGGAAAGUCAGAUACUGAAGCAGCAGGAGUCAAAAAUGGAGAAACUAAGUCAGUUACUGCAACAGGUAGUGGAAGAAUAUCUGAAAAAGGUGCCACAGAAAAAUCACAAGUGCCAGUAUUAUCAAGCUCAGACAGAAGUGAACAUCUGAUAAAGCAGGUGUACAGAGCAGAUGAUGAGCCAGCAGAACAAACUCUUGUGUCAUUUGCAGAAAUCCAGUUUUCACCUACAAGAUCUGAUAGGAAUAACUCUGCUCCUUUAGGCAGUGACAAACCUGCUCCCAGGGCAGUUGUUAGUCCAGGGAGACGGAGAGAGGUCUCUCCUGUAAACUCGUCUGAUAGAUUAACUAGUGUGAGUGAGUCAGCGUCAUUUGAAAAAAUUCAGCCAGAACAGUCUUCCAGCUUUGAAGCGAUCAAUGUUUCAAGUAUACGUCGUCAUUUAAGUGAUAGUGAUAAUGGGUCUCAGGUUCAGAAAGAGAACUCCAGAGGUCAAGGGAAUGGACAGAACUCUGAUGGGAGCACAAGUGAGGCGAGUAAAUCUGAUACUAGUUUUGAAACCGUUGAAGUUAGUCAAGACGGAAAUGUUGAAUGGGCCGAGUCCGGAAAACAGACAGCAUCUAAGCCAGGUGGAUCUACUCAGGUGAGCUCUGUGCAGCUUCCUCAUGACUUGAUAGCUGGGGCUCUUGGUGGAGAGCAACCCAGGUACGGAGAAACAGAUGAGCCAUCCAUGAGAGCAGGAGAAGGCCUGGCCCUUUGUGUUGAGGAAGAAGAUGAUGGUGCGGUGGCAGGUGUGAUGGGUUCAGUUCCUGUGGAUGCUGCAGGUGAUGCUUCUUUUGUGCUUUUGGACGUAGCUACAGCCCCAUCAAAUUGUAAACCUGAUUUGGACAUUGUGGACUCUGUGCCUCUUGAUCAGCUUGAGCUUCAGAAAUCUGUAAGCUUACAGCGUCUAAAGUCAUCCGGAAGUGAUAAUGACGGAGCAGAGGAGGUUGGGUUGCAGACCACUGAUGAAUUUCAAGUGACGGUGGAGUCUGAACCUUAUCCUGAUCUUAGUGAAGACGAUAUAAGUGAAGCUCUAAAUAUUGCCUCUGCGAAUCCAGAGGCUUUAGAGUUUAGACAUGCCCAAACACUUGUGAAGAUGCUUUCUACCAAAGACUUGGAACUACAAGAGAAACUACUUGCAGUUAUUGCAAAAGUGGCUGCCUUUACAAAGAACCAGGACUUUUUGAGGGAUGCUGGCUGUAUCCCAAGACUGAUCUCCCUGCUGAAAACUCAUUGCACAGCUGUACAUGUCGGUGUCCUACCACUCCCAGCUUUACUUACUUCUCUCAUCAACGCAGUGACCAACCUGGCUGUCAAUACCUCCAAUAAUGCAGAAAUGCAGGCUUGCGUACCUCCGUUGGUGGAUCUUGUCCUCACAGAAUCUAAUGACAGUGUCCAGAUGUCCUCCCUGCAGGCCUUGACAAACCUGUCUGUUACCACUGACCAUCAUCCUUUAUAUACCCGUGUUAUCCAGCAGUUGUAUGGUCUUGUGGAUAGCAAUGUACAAAAUGUUCAGCUGCAAGCCCUUAAAGUUUUGGUCAAUAUUUCUUGCAAUAAGGACAUGAUCCCUCACUUACUUGCAGCAAAGGCCCCAGAUUGUUUGUUAUCCCUGUUGGAGCCAGGCACAAGUGAGUCUGCAGUGUUACGGUGGACAACUCUGCUUGCCAAUAUAAUGCACACUGUAAAAGAGCAGAAACUAUCUGCUGGACAGCUCCCUGCAGGGGAUAAAGCUGCCUCCCCAGAGACAAUGUACAUCGCGUUGUAUGGACUGAACACCUCUGGACAACUGCGCAACAAAGUGUUCGUGUUAAGCAAACACCCUUGUGAGGACAUUCGCUAUCAGGCUGCACGUAUAUACAGUGGCCUGAUGAAGUAGCAUUGCCCACUAAUACAGUGGUAAUGAUAACUGAAGUGGACUCGCUUGGUAGUAAUUUAUGUAUAUCAUUUUGGUCACAAACUUAAGUCACAUGUAUACUGAAUCUAGAUGUUGCCAAAGAAAGUAUUCUAGUUUUACCUCCUUGGAAUAAUAACAAUAAAUAGUCUACAUCCAUGCCAGUUAUUUUAAGUGCAAAUUACACCUCUGUAACUGGAAAGAUCAGGAGCAUGGUAUUUCAGUCAUCAUCCACAGGAAAAAUGUUUCUAUGUCUUCUCCAGUAAGACCACACGACACCUUCCAUUUCUGUGGCUUGGCCCUUUAAGUCAGAUUCAGUGGACUUAUUAAUUUCUGUUUUCUACAAGAAAGUGUAAUGCACUGCUACUUGCACAAGAUGCAUCCUUGUCUUGUUUCUCUCACAUGUUCAUCUUUAAAUAUGCCAGGAAAAUCCUGUAUUGCCUCCAAAUGACUUCUGUAUUUUUGACAGCAUUCUAACUUAGAUUAUGGAAUAUUUUCCAUGAAUGUUUGUUUUGUGUUUUUGUUUGGUUUUGAAACAGAAGUGUUCAUUGAUAGUGUGUGUUUGUACUUUCAUUAAUUUAUUUAAAGUGGGUUUAUUUGUGAAACACCUGGGUGUGAUGUGGUUAGAGAGAGUGAUUGCUGUGCCCUGUGUAUUAUUGGUCUAUUUUAACCUUAAGAUAUAACUUGACUUAGCUCUGCCAUGUUCACAGCUUAGCUUCCACAUUAACAUGUAUUUCUGAUAGUUAAGCUGGAAAGAAUGAAACAGAUCUCAGAUCUAAACUCAGAUCUCAGACUCUACACGUCACUUCUCUGAGUUUUGGUACUUUGUUUACAUGUAACAUAAAUCAUCGUUCUUUUUGCUUUUAUUUUUGGUGCUUAUAUGCUUUAUAUGCAUAUAAAGUCAUUUCUUAUGUUGAAGUAUUAUUUUGUUGCAGUAUUCUAAAAGAACUUUAGUUAAAUUUACCUUUUAUUUACAUGUGCAAACACAUUUCUGCAUGUAUUUUGGAAAAAAAUGUUUGCUGUUAGAGACAGAUAUGAAAAGGACUGAUUUGGUGUAGUAAACAUGACAUGCACUGAUGUCAUCAUUGCCAUUAGUAGAUUCCUUCGUUGUUAGUGAGUACCUGCAUUUAUCCACAAAUGUAUGUACUUCCACUGUUGAUCCGUACAAAGCAGUGUGUUUGUGUACAGGUGUUAUUAAAUGGGUGUGUCUGACGGUGAUAUUGGAGUGCUGAAUUGAAUCUCAUCUGGUGAAUGUUUUAUUUUGAGAAAACAUUGUCUGUAACUUCUGGAUGCAGUUGUUGAUUUGACAGCCAAAGUUAUUGGUAUGAUUGUAAAACUGUUGGCUGUCAGAAAAAUCCUAUGGAUUUCAAAUAUUUAUUGCUUCCAGCUUAGGGUAAAUGAGUCUUUUAUCUUUAUCUCUUGGCCCAUGUUAAAUGUAGGAUCAUAUAGGUUUUGCAUCUCUGUAAUUCCUCUUUGUUGUGUUAUAAAGGACCAGGACUAGCAGUUACUAGAGAUUUUGUUUUAUUUUUUUAGCUUAUGUGUUGCGUGUUGCAGUUAAGAAGUACACAGUGCACACCUCAAGUUACAGUUGUUGAAAAAAAUAACUUCCCUGUGAUAAGAUUUUAGUGUCUGCAGUUCAAGUUAUGAUACUUUAGGCCUCUUGAACAUUUAUACAAACGUAGCAAACGUUGAACAAAAGAAAUAAAGUGCCCGGAGAAUGUAACAAUGUAGCCAUAGCUUGCAGGCCAUCCACCAUCCUGUUAUUGCUUUUGUGCAAUAUUUGUCACCAAGCUGAAUUUAUUUUUUAAAUAAAAUGUCGAUCUCUGCUGAUACCCCUUUAUGAUCGUUUACCUUUACAGCACAUCGGCAGUGAAAGACACAUGAAAUCUAGCUGACCGUUGUCGUAUAAGAUAAACACAUGAAACCUAUGGUUUUUAUUUCUUAAUACGUAGUAGAUGAUGUGGCCUAAAAUAUAAAGCUACAAAAAAGCUUAUCAGCUUUCUUUUUGUGGCAUAAAAAUGGCAUUAAGCUACUAUUAGU